AUGUUCAUCUUUGAUGGGCUGGAUGAAUGUCGCUUCCCUUUGAACUUUAAAGAGGAUGACGGAUUUACAGAUGUUAAAGAAAAAACAACAUUGAGUAAGAUAAUAACAAACCUCAUUAAGACACAUCUGGUUCCCUCUGCUCUCAUCUGGAUCACAUCCAGACCAGCAGCAGCCGGUCUGAUACCCCGAAACUACAUUGAUCAGGUGACAGAGGUACGAGGAUUCAACGAUGAGCAGAAAGAGCAAUACUUCAACAAAAACAGCAGUCCUGAGGUUGCUGGAAACAUCAUCUGUCAUAUCAGGAAAUCCAGGAGCCUGUACAUCAUGUGCCACAUCCCCGUUCUUCUGCUGGAUCUCUCUCACUGUUCUUCAGCCUCUACUGGCUCGAAGAGAGCAAUGACAAAACACCCACAACUCUCACAGGGAUGCUACAGUGCUGUAAAUCUCACUGCUCAGUGUUGUGAGAGUUUGUCAUCAGUUCUACAAUCCUCAAACUCCUUCCUGAAAGAGCUGGACCUGAGUAACAAUGAUCUACAGGAUUCAGGAGUGAGGCUUCUUUCUGAUGGAAUAAAAAGUCCAAACUGUCAGCUGGAGAUACUGAGAUUUUCCAUAUGUAAUCUCACUGCUCAGUGUUGUGAGAGUUUGUCAUCAGUUCUACAAUCCUCAAACUCCUUCCUGAGAGAGCUGGACCUGAGUAACAAUGAUCUACAGGAUUCAGGAGUGAAGCUUCUUUCUGAUGGACUGAAGAGUCCAAACUGUCACCUGGAGAUACUGAGGCUAUGUGGGUGUAAUCUCACUGGUCAGUCCUGUGAAAGUUUGUCUUCAGCUCUACAGUCAUCAAACUCUGUCCUGAGAGAACUGGACCUGAGUAACAAUGACCUGCAGGAUUCUGGAGUGAAGCUUCUUUCUGAUGGACUGAAGAGUCCAAACUGUCAGCUGCAGAUACUGAGCCUUACUCACUGUAGACUCACUGUUCAGACUUGUGAGAGUUUUUCAUCAGUUCUACAAUCCUCAAACUCUGUUCUGAGAGAACUGGACCUGAGUAACAAUGACCUGCAGGAUUCUGGAGUGAAGCUUCUUUCUGAUGGACUGAAGAGAAACUGUAAGCUGGAGAUACUGAGCCUUACUCACUGUAGACUCACUGUUCAGUCUUGUGAGAGUUUUUCAUCAGUUCUACAAUCUUCAAACUGUGUCCUGAGGGAGCUGGACCUGAGUAACAAUGACCUACAGGAUUCUGGAGUGAAGCUUCUUUCUGAUGGACUGAAGAGAAACUGUGAGCUGGAGAUUUUGAGGUUGUCUGGCUGUAUGGUGACAGAGAAAGGCUGUGGUUAUGUGUCUUCAGCUCUGAGUUCAAACCCCUCACACCUGAGAGAGCUGGAUCUGAGCUACAAUCACCCAGGAGACUCAGGAGUGAAGCUACUCACUGAUACACUCAACCAUCCAAACUACAGACUGAACAAACUCAAUGUGGAUCAUGGAGGAGAUUUCAGGAUUAAAGCAGGACUGCACAAAUAUUCCCAUCGGAUCACUGCGGAUCUGAACACAGUGAAUGAAUGGAUCCGUCUAUCUGAGGAGAACACAGUGAUUACUUACACUGACACACCACAGUCGUAUCCUGAUCAUCCAGACAGAUUUGAUCAGUGGGAGCAGGUGUUGUGUAGAGAGAGUGUGUGUGAUCGACGCUGUUACUGGGAGAUUGAGUGGAGUGGAGAACGUGUGUCUAUAUCAGUGUCAUAUAAGAGCAUCAGCAGGAAGGGACGGAGUCAUGAGUGUUGGUUUGGAUCUAAUGAUCAGUCCUGGAGUUUGAUCUGCUCUCCUGACAGUUACUCAUUCAGACACAAUAACAUACAGACUGAUCUCCCUGUAAAGUCCAUCAUCAGCAGAACAGUGAAUGAGGAGAAUCACUAUAGAGUAGGAGUGUAUGUUGAUCACAGAGCAGGAACUCUGUCCUUCUACAGCGUCUCUGGAGACACAAUGAUCCUCAUCCACACAGUCCAGACCACAUUCACUCAACCGCUCUAUCCUGGGUUUAGUGUUUAUUAUCCUGGAUCAUCAGUGAAACUGUUGUAGAGUCUCUUCAUGACAUUAACACUGAAAUAUCAGGACACAAUAAAUGUGUGUUAAUGACUCAGAAUCACAUGAUGAAGUAAAUGUUGAAAUAUUGUAAUAAAUGUUGAACUCAUGUAUAUUGUGUCAUGUGGUGUCGUUAUGAGGAGCAGGAGUGACACUUACAGAUUUAGAUCCACUAACCCACUGAAAAAUAACAUCAACAAUCAAUUCAUCAAUUUAAUCAUUCAAACACAAAUGGACAUUUUUACACGCAUCAAUAAAUACACACAUUUAAAACUGUUUAUUUGAUUCAUGUUUUAAACGUACAUUAAUAAAUCAUUUUAAAUCUCUUUUUUAAAAGCAUUGGCCAAUUGCUUUUCUUUAUCCGUUUGUCAGUCGAGUUAAAAACGCCAUUGGUCAGGACACACGUGGAGCAACCAAUCAGCUUUCACCUCAGUGUGAAGAGCCAAUCCUCUGUCACUGUGAAUGUAACACGCGCUGUCAUUGGACAGUGAGAACAGCUAUUCUGAAGGCGGAGCUUAUAUGAAUAUGAAUGAGUUUGGCAGACAUGCGCGAUUGCACGUGCGACUGAGAAUAUUAGUUCACACUGAAUCUCCAGACAUUAGUGGAUUAUUCCAUAAAGAUAACUAUACUCUCAGCGUCACGGGCGGCUGACUUACGCCUAAACUACAGUUGUUUUCUUCUAGCUAACAGUUCAUAAUGUUGUCAUUAGUAUGCUGGAUUUGUGCAGUCGUCUGUAACUGAAUGACAGACACUUUGUGUAACAACCUUCAGCUAUCGUCUACAAUGAGUUCAGCUCGUUCUGCUCUUCCUUUGCCAUGUUUUAAAACUCUGUAUUUCAUUAGUUAUUAUCAUUGAGUUCAUCACUGCCUGUAACAACUGAAAUAAACCUGUGUACAUGUUUUUGAGGACCGAUAUCAGUUCUGUUAUUGUGCUCUUGUUCAUUUUGAUAUGAUAUAUUGCUCUUCAAAAGGAUUAAUACAAUUCUUUAUGUUUACGCUUUAUUUGAUCAUUAAAGGCAAAACAGUAA